AUUUUCUCGCAGUUGCCGAUUUGACGCUUAGCUUAUAACAAGUUCUUGGAGCACUCGUAGUUUAAUAGUAGACCCAGUAGUAGAAGCGACUGUUCUGAGUAGUAUCAUUUAGCUAGUGGUUAAUAAAUCCCAGGCCACCUCGAUUUGGCCUUUCCACUACUUUGGAUAUGGACGGGUUUUCCAGCAAUCAGUGAUAGUUGUGUGCGCAUUGAUCCCGACGGAAAGAAAAAUUGUGUUCCAAACUCUGUAGGCCAUAUUUCGGUUCUAGUGAUUUUUCAAAGUGACCGUGUCGCAGCCAAACAUUCAGACUCCUAAAUAUAGUGAAUUUGAUAGGAAAGAGUAUGUAAUAGUAACAUCCAUGUGUACUUAAUGGUUUAUAUAUAGCCCAAAUAGAUUGUUAUUAAAUCAAUAAUGCUCUGCUAUUUGGGGAAACGGUGUUGCUAGAGGUGGUUGAAAACUCGGUGUUAUUCUAGUUGAGGAUUGGAAAUGACAUGGUUGAACAGGGAAUCGUGUGCGUGUGUAAAGAAAUUUAAUUAUAUUGCUAAAAAAUCCCGAUUAAACAUAGCCGAAUGACAUAAUUGUGAUAAUUUUUAGUAUGCCCAGUUUCCUUCUGAAGUAGAUAUCAGCGUAUGCGUGCGUCGUGCGUUCCGAUACAGAAAACCGAAACAGCGCCCCUGUUUUGAUGUGAAAAACAAGUCUACGACGAAUCGAGGAAAAACACAGAAAAGAAAAUAAUGCGAUAAAUCUGUUUCGCGAAAUUGAAUUAUUUUUAAAAAUAUAUGGACACUUCUGGCGAGGAGAGCUCAAAUUUUACUGAUUGCGGCAUUCAGCACCUCAUUCACAAGGGAAAUUAGUCGGCGAACAUAUAGUUGUAUGAGUUGUAGUUCUCGACCGGGAGGAAUUCCAUCGGUCGCCAGGCUUAUCAAUAAUUCGACUGCUCCCCUAUCUGCAUAGGAAGGAUGCCAAAAUUCGUUCAACUGUCCACUCGCACGGGACAGCUGGUAGGAGAAACGUUGGAAAUGCUGCUGCUGUAAGGUGCUAGCGGACUGAGGAGGAUUCAAAGUAACUGGAUAAACAACCCGAGAUAGUGCUUGUGCUGUGUGGUUUUACUGUGUGACGGUGAUUUACGGCUAUGAAAGGCUCGGAAAAGUUGUGCAACCAAGCAUAAAUCGUAAGCAGAAAUGAUACGUAAAUUUGAGUGAGUCCUAGCGCCAGUAGAAAUGAUUUACAACCCGAACCGUAAGCGAGAAACUCGAUGUCUAUCUCGGUGUGUGCAGUGUGCAGUUGAGGCAUAGAAAAGGAAGGAAGAAAGGAGAGUGUAGUUUCGUCCUUGCAUACUCAGGCUGAUCGGCGUCGUUCCAAAUCCUGCUAGAGUCAUGCAUCUACACUUUGAAAAAAGCACCAACACAAAAUGCGACUGCUCAAUCCUGUCCCUGUCCUGGAUGGGGAAGGUACCGGACGACAUACCGGAGGAGGAAGGUUGGAAGUUGAAUCGGACCAACUACUACCAGGAGGGCUGGCUGGCAACUGGGAAUGUUCGCGGAAUCGUUGGAGUAACGUUUACCACGUCGCACUGUAAGAAGAGUGUCGAUUACCCGCUAAGGACAAACUACAAUCUUCGUGGUCAUCGAUCAGAUGUAAUACUGGUGAAAUGGAACGAACCGUACCAGAAGCUGGCAAGUUGUGAUAGCUCCGGUAUCAUCUUCGUCUGGAUCAAGUACGAGGGUCGAUGGAGCGUGGAGUUGAUAAACGACAGGAACACGCCAGUAACACAUUUUUCCUGGUCUCAUGACGGUCGGAUGGCACUAAUAUGCUAUCAGGAUGGUUUCGUGCUGGUCGGUUCGGUUGCUGGUCAGCGUUACUGGUCUUCGAUGUUGAACUUGGAUGCCACCAUCACGUGCGGUAUUUGGACACCAGACGACCAGCAAGUGUAUUUCGGCACUACACAGGGUCAGAUUAUCGUGAUGGACGUCCACGGAGCAAUGGUUUCACAGGUACAGCUGUGCUCGGAAGUUGGCAUCACUGCAAUGGCGUGGUCUUGCGAGAAGUUUAAAAUGGAAGAAGGCGAAGACACGGAACCGGGGGUCACCAAUGCUUCCAAACGAUCUUUUGUACUAGCAGUAAGCUUCCAAAACGGGUAUAUCUACUUGCUGAAGUCUUUUGAUGACAUCUCGCCUUGUCACAUACACACCGGAAUGAAUGGCACACUUGGCUUCGUCAUGGAGUGGAGUAACUCGCGAGAACUGCUAGCAGUAGCCGGUAGUGAAUGGGUGGCUAGCCCUGAACCGACCGACAACCCGCCCGUAACCUCGGUGUAUAACAAUUUACUGAAAUUCUAUACCGAAUCGGGAAAUCUUCUAUAUUCAGCCAAAAUACCUUGUAAUACGACACCGGUUUCGGCUCUAACCUGGGGACACAACGAUAAACGGAUAUUUAUUGCUACCGGAACUCAGGUACACAUUGCGUGGGUCUCGCGACGUGUUGCGUCCCUUCAACUGUUCUGUCGAUUGCAAGUACAGUCUUCUCUUAGUUCGGAAGCCAUGCUACCGAAACUACCGCUUCCCGGACGAAUCAAAGCUUUGAUUGGUAAUCUGUUCGCGCAAACUAUCCGGUGUUGUGUUCCCGAUCUCAAAUCGUUGCGGGAAUUCGUUUCCAGACCACCCAUUUGCUCCACCCGGCUUCAUUGUACGAUGAUACGUCACGAUGACGAGGCCAACCAGAGCUCGGGAACUUGCUACACGUUGUAUCUAGAAUUUCUCGGUGGAUUAGUGCCGCUGUUGAAAGGCAAACGCACAUCGAAGAUUCGACCGGAGUUUGUUAUUUUUGAUCCUCAAGUCGAUGUUCUUACAGAUAUAUCGUCGUUUUGUGCAUAUUCAUCGGAUUCUACCACAACUACGACGAAAAGUUCGUCCGCUUCCAGUCACUCGACAAGUGGCACCAACGGCCGUUCCGACACCUCCGAAAGUGAUGUGGACGAUGGUUGCCGAUCUCCCAGACUAUCCAGGAAACGGAAAGCUCGCACGAAAAAACGUCAUCCUAGCAGCAGUGACCGCUCUCCUAACCAGAACUCCGAUUCAGCGGAAACCAAUGAAGAACUUGCUUAUCUUGAUACGCUACCCGAGCACGUCAAACUAGUUGAGGUAACAUCCAAUAUUUGGGGAACCAAGUUCAAAAUUCACGGUCUGGCAAAGACCUUGCCAGCGAAUCUGGGUAAGGUAACCUACAAAACCUCGCUACUGCAUCUGCAGCCUCGCCAAAUGACUCUGGUUGUGACGGAACUGCGGGAUGAUUUCCCCACGGGACCCGAUCCUAAUUUUAAUCCGAACAUUUUUUCCGAAGACGAAGAGGAACACAAUCAAUCGCAUACUGCUUUGGGCGGCAAUCGUAAGCUAGGUGAAGCAGCACCUCCGAUUGCUCCGAUGUCUCCUAGGCCAAAUCGAUUCCCAUCUCGACCGCGUCGUCAGACUCCUUCUACACUGGCAUCUUCGUCCAAUUCACGGCCUACCUUGCCCCAGCUAGGCCCCUUGGCAAGGGCCGAAUCGUACGAAGAUGACACGGAUGGCGUAGAUGCUGGUGAACCAUCGCGGGUAGUUGCAACUCCACCCCGUCCGGGUAUUAGCUAUUCCAGUCUCGUUAGUCAGUGUAGCAGACCGUCUUCGACAUCCAGCAGUCAGUCACGGGUUGCCAUCUCGCCCCUGUACUGUGAAGGUUCAGUUCCGACACUUCAAUCACCGAAAAAUGCCGUGGCACCCAGUGAUAUCAUUUUCGAUCGACCACCAGCCGGUCAAACAACGCUGAUGAGUUAUUCCAGCAAUACCGACUACGAGAACAACGUUGUGCAAGUCAAAAAUGCUCUCAUGUCUUCGGAUCACAAUCGAGCCAACAAUCAAUCGCACGUAAAUCCGGUGCCGCUCAACCUCAACUUGAACCUUGAACGGAUAGAGGCUAAAACUAUCAACAACAGAGACCCAACACAUUCCACACCGGGCAGCAGCAAACAGGCUACUCCCAAGAAGCAAAAUCUUAAAUAUAUUGAUGAAGAAACACCAACUAGCGCCAUUAGUCCAGUUGUUGUAAUCGAACCUAGCACUAGUAACGCCAGUAGUAAUAGUAAUAGUACUAUUAAUAAAAAUAAGCAUCUAGCACCGACUAUGAAACGAACGCCAACUGUCGUUUCGAUGGCACCAGUUACUACUAGCGGAAUACCGGAGUCCAUCACGCGUAGCUGCAGUGUGGGCUAUCUAGACAAUAUAGAAAUCGUUCCCAGCGAUGCCGUUUUAUCGAUGAUGCGAAAGGAAACUCCCUACAAACGUUUGGUUUUGGUAGAUAAGAAACGUCAGAAGAAAUACAAACGAAACUUCGAUGAUCUGAAGAGAACCAGACUUCGCCAGGACUGCAAAUCCAAGAGUCUGGACUCUUGCGACAUCCUGCAGGAUUUGCCAAAUUUGAAUCGAGAUCUGAUCGAUUUGUUCCGUCAGAUGCCGAAAGUAAGCGAACUAUCAGAGAACGAGACUGAAUACUCAUCAUCCGACCAGAUCGAGCGAAUGCGUCCUUCGGUUGUGUCGGGCAACACUGCAGGCACAUCCAGUAAACGACGGCCAGCCAUGAAGUUCCCCGGUGUCACUGGACCUAUCUCCAGAACACCUAUUCUGAACCGAAAAGAGAAACCUAAAAGUUGUUCCAUUUGUAAGGCCAUUUCCCCUACGGUAAACUCGACGGAAACGGUUUGUGUCAAGUGUCGGAAAAAUGCCAGUGCUCAAAGUUCGAUUGUAGUGGAUCGAGAAAACAACAGCGUAGACGAUCAGCAGAAUCAUAUUUAUGUGGAUAUCGUAAGUGCAAAACCACCGCAGGUUCCACCGAAAGCGAAACGGUCAAUUUUGGAGCAGUACAUUAGUUCUGCUUACAGCAACAAUGGUGAAUUGAUACUGAAGGACAGCUCCUCUACCGGGGCAGGGUGCAGUAAAAGUUUGUCCGAUAAGCAGAAUAAUAACAGUAGUGUGGAUACGAACGGUACUUGCAGCACGCCAAAGUCUAGGAUCCGAAAGAAUUUCGAAAUCGUUACCAGUUUCACGGACAGUCCUUUGUUUAGUCGGCGGCACCGUUCUUUGAACCGUAGUGACUCUUCGAAACUGCAGAGUGAAAACAGUACUCCUGUGAUGAGUCGAAAGGCCGAAUCCAUGGAUAGCCGAAAGGGCAGAAAACCCGAUGAAUCUCCCCGGCGGCAUCGUCGAAACGAGAGUUGUCCAAGUUCGAGAGGUGAAAACAAUAACGUUGACGGACCACCGUUGCAACCUAUCGAAAUUACCCCGGUCGAGCAGAAAGCUUCCGUAUCGUUGCACGCUCAAGCACUGACAACGUUGGAAAAUAUCAUCAGUCGGUUGCGGGAUUUGGACGAAGGCCGACUGACGCCUCCGUCUUCGCCGGCAAGCCCACGAUUACCACGUAGUUCGCCAGCUUCGCCUGCACCUAGUAAAAAGAACAAACGUCACCAAAGUGCUUCGCCGAUCCGACACAUACUGAAUUCACCGCUGCUGAACCGUCGCCAGCGGAAGAAGCAACCGGUCGAUGUCAGUUCCGAUGAUGAAAAUCAAACGCAAACCCAAACGACGGAUGACAGCAGUGGGGGAAGUGUCGGUAACAAGCAGUAUCGCGAUCUGGAAACAUUCCAGAAAGCACAACUCAGACAGAAGCUGAAACGAGGCAAGAUUGAACCGAAUGGUGUGGCUAGCUCAUCUCAACCGCAAGCACCGGUACGGCGAGAGUUUGUUAUGCACAACAAAGCACCUAUGUGGAACGAAAAUAGUCAAGUUUACCAGCUGGACUUCGGUGGUCGAGUAACACAGGAAUCUGCUAAAAAUUUUCAGAUCGAAUUUCGAGGCAAACAGGUGAUGCAGUUCGGUCGUAUCGAUGGUAACGCAUACACACUAGAUUUCCAGUAUCCGUUUUCUGCGUUACAGGCAUUUGCAGUUGCGCUAGCAAACGUAACGCAACGAUUGAAGUGAAAUAUGUUGGCCAGACAGUAGGUUUGCUGUAAUGAUAGAAGAAGAAACAACUGUAGCAGUAAAUAAAAUCAUUGACAUAUCACAUAAAUAGGUUCUGUUGAUACGAUCAUGCAACUUAUAACUCGUGUAGACGCAGAAGUGUUUGAUGUUACACGUUGUAUGCACACAGCUUCGAAAAUAACUAAAGAACUAUUAUUUUUUGUUUUUGAAUUACACUCGUGUGUCGCAGUUAAGUUUGUCGUCAAGCUUUUACCACUCGUUUCAUCGUUUUAACCUCAUACGUAUUUAUACAACACUCAAUCUGACAGAUCAUCGUAGCUUUUCACAUAUCAACUCGGGAGUCAUUCGUCAUAAUGUCACCAAUUAAAUGUGCUGAAAAAAGACGAUAUUGAAGAUAUACAUACAUGUGUAACUGGCCUAUAGAGUGUGCAAUCAAAAAUAUGACAAAUUGUGAAACUGUAAAUAUAUGAUGCGCCAAAUUAGUAAAGGAAAAACAACAAAAAACUAACACUUUGACCUAGAUGUGCCGUCGCGAAGCGUCUUACUCCAUGUGCAAUACUUAUUUAACCUACUACCGAUGAUGCGAUAUUUCGGUUCUAGAUAUUCGUACCAUUAGAAGAAGUCCUGUUUAGACUUUUCUAGCUUAUUGUCUAGUCGAAUUUUGAUUUUGCCUGUCGCGCAUUACCUGUUCUAGUCAUUUUUGUCGAUUACUUUCUCAUAAACGUUCCUCUAGUCAAACUAAGCUUUCCUUGUUCAUGUUCUAUUUAUUUUUACGUUACUCGUUAGAAUGUUGAAUUAUUUUUCGCUCUACUAUUGAACUAGUUGUAAGAACCCCGCGACAUUGAGAAAAGAAUGAUAGCGAACUUAGGGUAAGUUUUUAAGCAAGCAAACCGGUUUGAACGUUGCUAGGUAACCGAAAAUCACACAUAUGAUUAAAAUCCAUCCAAAGUUGGAAAUCUUAGACAAAUGCAAGCAAAAAUCACUAAACUAGCAACAAUAACACAGUGCUAACGUCCGUUUUAAAUAGGAAAGCCAAAUAAGCUGGAUUUUUUCGUGGACAGCGCUAUACAGCCAAAGCUCUCUUUUGAUAGACGUUAAAAGACGAUCAAAAUUUUUGUCAUAUUUGUACUGUUUUUUACCCAAAACGACAACAAUAAACAGAAUGCGAAUCUAACUGAAGGAACAUACAAUAAAACAUAAUAAUCGAAAUGAGGCGUAUAUCAGGCGCAGGAUACACUAUACUGGGUUUCCUUUUUGCAGCAGCAAUCACGAUGUUUUGUAUUCUUUGAAACCAAACAGCAAAAGAAGAAAAAAAACGAUACCAAAGGCUUAUUGGUCUGCGAUGAAGUGUAAUUCUUUUUUCAACGAUCGCACACCAACCAAUUAGCGUAACGAUAGCCAUAGUUGUUCUUUUGUUUUUUUUUUUUAAAUCAACGCGCCGUUACCGUUAUAUAAUGCAAAAUGCAAAACACUGACAUAGUACUCGUUUCCAGUCAUACAAACAGCACUAGAAUAAUAGAGCAAAGCCGGUGCGCAGAUUCGCCCCCGGUGCGGCAGUCGAAAGCAACUCUUAUAGACAAAACUUAACACCCGUUGCGGAUGGUAACUUAAUAAAUUCUGUGUAUUCACACCAAUCACGAAAUAAACGAUCAGUGUUCCGAA